AUGGACGUGUACCGCGCCCCGGCCGCCGCGCUCGACAAGCUGGUGGCCGGCAGCCUGCAGCCGCCGGGGGAGUUCGUGCGGGCGGCGCGGCGCGCGCUGGGCGCCCUGGUCUGCGCCCUGACAGAGCGCGGGGGCCGCCCCGGCCAGCCGCUGCCGCGGGUGCUGAAGGGGGUCAAGGGAGGCUCCUCUGGCCGGGGCACAGCUCUCAGGGGGGGCUGUGACUGCGAACUUGUCAUCUUCCUCGACUGCUUCAAGAGCUAUGAGGAUGAGAGGGCCCACCGUGCACAGAUCCUCAAUGAGAUGCGGACACUGCUGGAAUCCUGGUGGCGGGACCCAGUCCCCGGCCUGAGCCUUAAGUUUCCUGAGCAGGAUAUGUCCGGGGUCCUGAGGUUCCGACUGGCAUCUGUAGACCUUGAAAACUGGAUGGAUGUUAGCCUGGUGCCCGCCUUCGAUGUUCUGGGACAGCUCAGCUCCGGUGCCAAACCCAAGCCCCAGGUCUAUGCCACCCUCCUCAGAAGUGGCUGCCAGGGGGGCGAGCACUCAGCCUGCUUCACAGAGCUGCAGAGGAACUUUGUGAACACUCGCCCAGCCAAGCUGAAGAACCUGAUCCUGCUCGUGAAGCACUGGUUCCGCCAGGUGUGCCCCCAGGAGGCAAGGAAGGAAACGCUACCCCCUGUCUACGCCUUGGAGCUGCUGACCAUCUUUGCCUGGGAGCAGGGUUGUGGGAAGGACGCCUUCAGCCUGGCUCAAGGCUUCCGGACUGUCCUGGGCCUGAUCCAACAGUAUCAGCACCUGUGUGUUUUCUGGACCGUCAACUAUGGCUUCGAAGACCCUACAGUCAGGCAGUUCUUGCGAAGACAGCUUGAGAGACCCAGACCUGUGAUCCUGGACCCAUCUGAUCCCACAUGGGAUGUGGGAAAUGGGGCAGCCUGGCAUUGGGAUAUGCUGGCCCAAGAGGCAGAGUCCUGCUAUGACCACCUGUGCUUUCUGCAGGGGUCUGGGGACCCUGUGCAGCCCUGGGAGGGGCCGGGCCUUCCACGUGCUGGGUGCUCAAGUUUGGGUCACCCCAUCCAGCGAGACCCUGACCAGGGGACCCCUGAAGACAGUAGGAGUCUCAAUGCUGUGCGACCAAGGACAGGGAACAAGCAGCCCUCAUGCACAGCUCCCAGCCCCUUGGAGGCGGCCAGUAUCACCCCCUCUGUGCCAGGGAUGGCCUCACAUCUGUCUCAGAUCCCUACCAAGGAGCUGGACAGCUUCAUCCAGGACCACCUGAAACCAAGCCCCCAGUUCCAGGAGCAGGUGAAAAGGGCCACUAAUGUCAUCUUGCGCUGCCUCCGGGAGAACUGUGUCCACAAGCCCUCAAGAGUCAGCAAGGGCGGCUCAUUCGGCCGGGGCACAAACCUAAGGGGUGGCCGUGAUGUCGAACUCAUCCUCUUUCUCAACUGCUUCACUGACUACAAGGACCAGAGGGACCACUGUGCAGAGAUCCUUGACGAGAUGCGGGCACAGCUGGAAUCCUGUUGGCAGGAUCAGGUCCCUGGCCUGAGCCUUAAGUUUCCUGAGCAGAACGUGCCUGAGGCUUUGCAGUUCCAACUAGUGACUGCAGCCCUAGAAAGCUGGAUGGAUGUUAGCCUGCUGCCUGCCUUUGAUGCCAUGGGGCAGCUCAAUUCUGGCACCAAACCUAAGCCCCAGGUCUACUCGACCCUCCUUGACAGUGGCUGCCAGGAGGGUGAGUACCAGGCCUGCUUUGCAGAGCUGCGGAGGAACUUCGUGAACACUCGCCCAGCCAAGCUGAAGAACCUGAUCCUGCUAGUGAAGCACUGGUACCUCCAGGUUGCAGCUCAGGACAAAGGAGAUCGGCCAGCCUGUGCCUCUCUGCCCCCAGUUUAUGCCCUGGAACUCCUGACCAUCUUUGCCUGGGAGCAGGGCUGCAGGAAGGACCGUUUCAACAUGGCCCAAGGCCUCCGGACCAUCCUGAGGCUUGUCCAGCAGCAUCAGCAGCUCUGUGUCUACUGGACGGUCAACUACAGCAUUGAGGAUCCAGCUCUGAGAACGCACCUCCUUGGUCAGCUUCGGAAACCCAGGCCUCUGGUCCUGGACCCUGCCGACCCCACCUGGAAUGUGGGCCAGGGAAACUGGGAGCUGUUGGCCCAGGAAGCAGCAGACCUAGAGACACAGGCCUGCUUUAUGGGUAAAGAUGGGAUGACUGUGGAGCCCUGGUAUGUGAUGCCAGCUCUCCUUUACCAGACCCCAGCUGGGGACCUAGACAAGUUCAUCUGUGACUUUCUCCAGCCCAACCGCCAGUUCCUGGCUCAGGUGAACAAGGCUGUCGACACCAUCUGCUCAUUCCUUAGGGAAAACUGCUUUCGGAAUUCUCCUAUCAAAGUGCUCAAGGUGGUCAAGGGCGGUUCUUCAGCCAAAGGCACAGCCCUGCGUGGCCGCUCAGAUGCCGACCUAGUGGUGUUCCUCAGCUGCUUCAGCCAGUUCACUGAGCAGGGGAAUAAGCGGGCCGAGAUCAUCUCAGAGAUCCGAGCCCAGCUGGAGGCGUGUCAGCGGGAGCAGCAGUUCGAGGUGAAGUUUGAGAUCUCCAAAUGGGAUAAUCCUCGUGUGCUGAGCUUCUCACUGAAAUCCCAGACAAUGCUGGACCAGAGUGUGGACUUUGACGUGCUGCCAGCCUUUGAUGCCCUAGGUCAGCUGGUCUCCGGCUCCAGGCCCAGCUCUCAAGUCUACGUCGACCUCAUCCACAGCUACAACAAUGCGGGCGAGUACUCCACCUGCUUCACUGAGCUGCAGCGGGACUUCAUCAUCUCUCGUCCCACCAAACUGAAGAGUCUGAUCCGACUGGUGAAGCACUGGUACCAGCAGUGCAACAUGAUGCCCAAGGGGAAAGGCUCCCUGCCCCCCCAGCACGGGCUGGAACUCCUGACAGUGUACGCCUGGGAGCAGGGCGGGCGGGACCCCCAGUUCAACAUGGCCGAGGGCUUCCGCACCGUCCUGGAACUGGUCACCCAGUAUCGCCAGCUCCGCAUCUACUGGACCAUCAACUACAAUGCUGAGGACAAGACUAUUGGAGACUUCCUGAAACUACAGCUUCAGAAGCCCAGGCCCAUCAUCCUGGAUCCAGCUGACCCAACGGGCAACCUGGGCCACAAUGCCCGCUGGGACCUGCUAGCCAAGGAAGCUGCAGCCUGCAUAUCUGCCCUGUGCUGCCUGGGCAGGGAUGGCACCCCCAUCCAGCCGUGGCCAGUGAAGGCUGCUGUGUGAAGCCCAGGAAAUCAGCGGUCCUACAGGAUGGGUGCCAGCCCUCAGAGUCCCCUGCCAGAUGAGCCUCUGUGUGUGUGUGUGUGUGUGUCCAGUGAAUCCACUCUCCUCCUCAGUCCAGCCUCCAUCUGAUCUCCCUGCCUCACUGCUCUCUCCCCCUUCCUCCUGCUGCCCACUCUGCUUACCCAGCCUGAUUGCUCUUCAUUAAACACCACCUUGUAUCAGCACCCAGCUCACACACUCCUCUGCCUCCCAUAACUCGUGCCCUGGGGUCCAGAUGCCAUGGUUUGGCACCAGCCUGCGUUUCCAGCUUCUCCAUCCAACAUUCCCCUCCCCCACUGUGACUCUAUCCUCCUACCACUACUGCUGCCUCCUGCACGUUUCCCACCCCUGCAAAGAAUGCUUCCUCCUCCCUGACUCCUCUCUGCCCAUCCUAAUCAGCUCUCAUCCUGCCUCCUGCUGCAACACAUCCCACCACACGUGCUCUAGGCCACCCCCUUGAAUGCCUCUAGAAUUAGGGGAGUUGUCAGAUGGUGGAACCAGGGCAGCACAGGUGUGUGGGACAUGAGAAGUCAUAGUCAUCUGGCUGGACAGAGAAGGGAUCUUGCUGAUCCGAGCAGGGACAUAUUUUAUUCUAGUCCCUCAGUCUUUGACAAUGGCCACCCUGGUAUUGUCAUAUUGGCCCCACUGUGACUUUUGGGGGCUUCCUGAUAUAGCCACACCCUCGGAUAGAAGGACUUGACCUCAUAAAGAGAUCGAUUCUCCAUAAGUUGAUUUAUACAUUUGAUGAUUUUCCCAGAAAUACCUACACAUACUUUACUUUGGAACCAGGCAAGUUGAUACUAAAGUUCUUAUGGAAAAAUACACAAGAAUAGCUAAGAAAAGUCAGAAAAUGAAGAGUCCUGAGGAGGGACUAGUCUUAGCCAACAUUAAAAAAUACUAUGAAACCUCUAGUGUUUAAACAGCAUGGUAGUGACAUAUAAAUGAACAGACCAGAGAAACUGGGUGGCUAUUUCCAUGAUUCUGGAAAAAAAAAAUAAUAAAAAGGUAAAUGUGAUCCAUCAGCAGUUGAAAGCUAAGCAGAGAGACAGAGGGCCUCCGUGGUAGCACAUGAAAAUGCUCACAUCUCCUGCAGCCAGAAAGCAGAGAAAAGUAAAGACUGAGUCCCGAAUUGAACUUAAGAGAUGCAGGGCUCCAAAGAAAGUGUUGUGGUUUUUUAAAAUUUGUAAUUUAAUUUUAUUUUUAAUUUUAAAAGUUUUUAUUGAGAUGUAAUUCACAUACCAUAAAUCUUACCACUUUAAAGUGAACAAUUCAGUGAUUUUAGUAUAUUCACAGGUUUGUACUUGGCAUACUUACAAGUUAUAUUUAGUAUAUUCACAAGGUGAGCCAUAUCACAGAUGCAUUCAUCACACUAAUUCUAGAGCAUUUUCACCACCCCAAGAGGAAACCUGAAACUCAGCAGUCAAUCCCCACUCCUCCAACUCAUUGUUCCCCUAAUUCCUGUAAACCACUGAUCUGCUUUGUGUAUCUAUUAUGAACAUUUCUUAUAAAUGGCAUCAUGUAACACGUGA